CACGAAAUGACAUAAAAAUAAGUUUUUUUAACCAUAUAACUUAUUAAAUUUUUACUGGUUGUUUAAAGGUAAUGGUUAAAUGAAGUCAUUGGCGCACACCCAGUUACUUAGGUCGUGUUGCACACAAACCUCGUCUGAUUGGUUGGCCUGUCGCUGCUUUCGGUUGAGUGGUCUUAGGCAUGUUUGAUGUCAUUGUAAUAGGUGCGGGUAUUUCUGGAUUGGCAGCAGCCCACCUUCUUACUCGUGAAUCUCAUAGUGUUUUGGUGUUGGAGGCACGUAAUCGUCCAGGUGGCCGAAUACACAGUGUACGUUUACCGUCACUAUCAUCUUCCAUAUCUGAUACUGAAUCAAGUAUCAAUCAUGAUAACCUUAGUGUUUAUCAUUUCAACAAUACCUCAGCUGAUGACUUAUCAGAUUGUGAUUGUAGCUGUACGUCAUCGUGUGAUUCCUUUACUUCUGAUCAACAAUCAGUUGAUCAUUCACUGGAUGAAAUCAAUUCAGACGUCUCUGGUCCAAUUGAUGUUGAUCUUGGGGCUAACUAUUUGAUUGGAUGUUCAAAUCGACAAGCUGAACAACCUUUGUUUCACUUAGCAAAUAUGCUAAGAAUACCUACUGCUGUCACCGCUGGUGAUUUAUGUAAAAAGUAUCGAGGUUGGGAGUGUGUCGAGGUGGCAAAAUGGCUUAAUCAUUAUUCACCACAGUGUCCAAUAACUGCUGAUCAAGUAGCGGAAGGAGUAUUUCUCUUUGAUAGGGUUACUCAUCUUACUGUUGAUCGUUAUUUAGAAAUGAAGUCUAAAGCGCAGAAUUCAGUCCUUAAUAUGUCAGUCAAGGAACUUUACGAUCAAGCACUACAGGAUUUAUUUGACUUGGAAUUUAGAUUAGGAUAUCGACCUAGUGCAGGUUUUCGCGAUCCGGUCGAAGAAGGAAUUUUUCAGUCUAUAGUUAGCCGUUAUUUGGCAUACGUUAACCCUAUGGAACGUCUACCGUUGUGUGUCUUAGACGACUUGUGUGAACAGACAGAUUCGAAGUGGCAAUCGAAUAUUUUCGGUGAAAAAUCCAAUAUGUCUAAGUAUGAGACAAUUCCAUCAUCUUUAGCAUUUCAACUUGUACGGGGAUAUCCUACAGCUGAUCAAAGAAGAGCCUAUAAUGCUUGGGUGGAACGAAAAUUGGAUGCUUUAAAAAAUAAUGAAAAAGCUUCUCUCCCAUCAGUUACUAAAACUGUAUGCGUUAGCUGGGAAGAUCGUUUAGUAACCAGCCGAUUCAGUGAUGUAUUGAAUCCUUUACUUGAAGGUGUAAAUGUGAUAUACAAUGCUGUGGUAACUGAAAUUGAUUGGAGCAAAACCUUUAAUACUGAAAGACAUGCGGUGAUAGUCAAAGCUAAAGUUCGACGACAAUGUCAGUCGGCUGAAAAUCAGAAUGGUUCUACAGUUCAAAUUAUAGAAGAAGAACAAAUUUAUGAAGCUAAACACUGUAUUAUUACUGUUCCAGUGGGUGUAUUAAAAGGUCUUUGUCCUAGUUCAGCUAUCAAGUUUUAUCCUGAACUACCACUCGAGAAACGGAAGUCUAUUAAACGCUUAGGAAUGCCGUGUAAAGGUUCAGCUACACAUGAAAAAGUUAUUCUACGUUUUAAGUGUCCUGAGGAUGUUUUCUGGGAUACUCGUGCAGCUCACCUCAAGUGUCCUGAUCCCCGUUUGCACAUUCUUAAUUUACAUCGUUACGGUAAACCUGGUGUUUUAUGUGCUCAUCUAUGGGGAGGAUCGGGUAUUAAUUCUGCUGGUCGAACGGACGAAGAAGUUGUUGACAUUAUAUUAGAUUUAUUAGAUGGUAUGUACGGAAAGAAUGUCACUGUCUGUACAUUGAACGGUAAUAGUGAUGAAGACAGGAAACCAACAAUUAAUCGUCGAAUCCCGAAUCCUGUGCAUUAUUUAGUUACACGAUGGUCAGAAGAUCCUUUCGCUUUAGGUGCUUAUACUACCGGGGAACCAGGAUGUUCAGAUGUUGAUCGGUCAAUUUAUGCAAAAAGUUUAACAGGUUUUGAUGCAAGCAUCCAACUACAUUUUGUAGUGAAAAUUGAACUAAAUGAUGAUGGGGAUGUUGUUGACAGUAAUACCGACGAUGAGUUGAGGUAUCCACGACUUUUGUUUGCUGGUGAGGGUACUCUCACAUCUAAUGAGGCUAAGGAAUGUACGCAUGGAGCUUUACAGACGGGAAUCGCACGAGCUAUUGAACUGCUUCCUUAUCUUAUGAAAUCAAAAUGUACUACACCUGAUCCAUAUGUGAUACGUGAUAUAGAAAUCCUAGAGUCUUAUUCGCAGUCAAGUUUUUCUAGUUUUAGUACAAAACUUGCUAGUUAUCUUUUUGGUAAAGUACAAUUAAAUCGAUUAUUAAAUUGUAAUAUAGCUAAUGGUAAACAAUUUCGUCGGGUAAUUUUAACACGUUCCACUGAACAACCUUCAAGAUAUUUACCUAAUACUACUACUACUACUAAUAAUAAUAAUAAUAAUAGUAAUAAUGAUAAUAAUCAACCAUUAUCUGAUAGUGAUUAUUUAAUAAAUUCAUCAAAAUCGUCAACUAAUGGACAACGUCGACGUUAUCAUAAUUCAUCGAAAUCUUAUUGGGGCAUAGAUGAUGGAAGUUCUUGUAGAUGCUGUACAUAUCCUAAUGUUAAACGUACACGUGCUGAAUUUCGACGAGGGAGAAGAAGUAGGAGAAUUUCUUAUGUUCGUGAAGAAUCUGAUACACCACAACCAGAUACUCCAGUAAUUAGAGCACAACGUGGAAGACUUCCAGGUAGACGUGGUCGUGCUGGUUUAUCUGAAAUUUCUAGAGCUCGUAGGUAUUUCAGAGGUGGCAGGCCUAGGAGACAAUAUGAGACGACUAGCGGCACUACAAAUGAUACAUCUCCAUCAAAUCCACCACCUAAUUCAACUUCAAAAGGUCGGCGAGGUAGACCAAGAAAGUUUCAACCUCCUCCCCUACUUAUGAAACAACUGGUACAAGUUGGAAUGAUGUACUGACUGAAGAAGAUAGACAAGAAACAGUAUUUCAGUUGACCAAUUUACUCAAUGAAUUCCAUUCUUCACAGCAAAAAAAGGAUGGCUGUGUAAGUACCCACAAUAGUCUUGUCAACGGUGAUUCUUCUUCAAGAGAAGAACUUAUUAUUACUAAUAAGAAGGAUGUUCAACAUCCCCUUAUUGAUCUAACGGUGCAGAAGAAUGUCAAUGGUAUAAAAUAGGGUAAAAUUGAAAUUUACAAAAUAUAAACAUAUAUUAGGUGUAAAUGUUGUGGAUGAGUGUGCGCGUGCGGAUAGUAUUACAAUUGCCAAUAAAACACUAGAAUAUCUCUUAACGCUAUUGUUAUUAGUACUAUUGUUAUUUUCUAGUUGCUGUUUUUAUAAACAAUUGUUUUUUGUUACCGUUAUUAUUAUUAUUGUUUCUUUGUUAUCGAUAUUUUGCACUUGAUGUUUGUUAUUCUCAGGUUUUCCAUUUUGUCUAUUUUAUAUCUCAGUGUCUCUCACUCCCUCCAUAUCUUUGCAUAUACUCAUGUUUGGUUCGGUUCAUCUGCACAUUCACUCAACUGACAUAAAAAAAAACCAUGAUCACAAAACUGAUAUAAAAAGAAAAGAAAAGAUAUAUCCAUAUAGUAUUAUUAUUAUUAUAUAUCCAUAUACAUUAUCAGUAGAUUUGUGUCAAAGAUUUUGUAUUUUAUUAUAUUUGCUCAAGUGUAUUACCAUUAUAUAUGUGUUGCAUUCAAGAUUACAUAUUAACUGGAAGACGGAUUGUUUUGAAUGUAUGAUAGUUGUGUUGGCGAGUGGAUAGCGCGGUGUAGGAGGGAGAUAGAAUAAUAAUAAUAAUAAGGGCUUCAAAUUAGCAGUCUAGUCUAAUAGAUGGAAUAACAAUCAGUAGCUGAAAUUAGUGUAAUUUAUGAGAUUUUAUGACAAUAUUGUAACGCUUGUCAGCCUAUUGUACGCGUGUUUAAAGAUUCCCGUAGUAUAAUUCAAAACACAUUCCCUGCGUUCAUG